AUGGCGGGAGAAGUUCGGCAGCCCAUCGACCAGGCGUCGUUUGAGUGCUACAUCGACGCCCAGGUCCCGUCCAUCAAGACGCCAUUGACCAUCAAGCAGGUAACAUUACUCUUUUUCUCAGCUUGCUCUCUGUAUAAUAUUAGUGUAACUAACGGCAGGCAGUUCGGAUUCGGGCAGAGCAACCCGACGUACCAGCUCAUCUCCGCCGACGGGGCAAAGUACGUCCUCCGCAAGAAGCCACCGGGCAAGCUGCUGUCCAAGACGGCGCACCGAGUCGAGCGCGAGUACCAGAUCAUCCAUGCGCUGGAGAAGACAGACGUGCCCGUGCCGCGGACCAUAUGCCUGUGCGAGGACGAGAGCGUGAUCGGCACGGCGUUUUAUAUCAUGGAGUUUCUGGACGGGAGGAUCUUUGUCGACCCAGCCAUGCCGGGCGUGACCCCAGACGAAAGACGAGAGCUGUAA